AUGGCCACCGACGGCGGCAAGCCUGCCGAUGUCGUCGAGUCCGUCAGUGAAGACGCACCCGAGCCCAAACACACGACCACAACAACUGAGAAGAAUGGCGUCGCCGGUCCUGAGGAUGACCUAGGCGUUGUCGCAUCUGGAUCCGACACUGAUGAACCUCUUCGAGGCCCGAAUGGCGAGGAGUACCCGUCCAAAAAAGACCUCGAGACUCUGCGUCGCGUGAAGGGUCACAUUAGUCCCAUCAUUUAUACCAUCGCAUUCAUUGAACUCUGUGAACGCUUUGCGUACUACGGGACUACUGCAGUUUUUGUCAAUUUCAUCCAGCAGCCUCUUCCGCCAGGGUCCACAACGGGUUCGGCAGGGACUUUCGGGCAGCCAGGCGCACUCGAUAAGGGCCAACAAGCUUCUACCGGCCUAGUUACUUUCAACAGCUUCUGGGCAUACUUAAUGCCAUUGCUCGGUGGAUAUCUCUCGGAUACCUAUUGGGGGAAAUAUAAGACAAUUCAUGUUGCCAUCGCAGUGGCUACCUUUGGACAUAUCAUCCUUAUCAUAUCAGCUCUUCCUCCUGUAAUUCAAAAGCCCGACGCAGCCCUGGGAAUUUUCUCUCUUGGUCUCAUUUUCUUCGGCAUCGGCGUGGGUUUCUUCAAAGCGAAUAUCUCGCCCAUGAUUGCAGAACAGUAUGAAGCAUCCCACCCUCGACCGGUCGUCGAGACAUUGAAGAGCGGCGAACGAGUAAUCAAGGAUCCGGUUCUAACGAUCUCCGUGAUAUACAUGCGCUAUUACUUCUUCAUUAACGUUGGCAGUCUUGUUGGACAGAUUUCGAUGGUUUACGCUGAGAAAUACGUCGGUUUCUAUCUGUCGUUCACUUUGCCAACGGCACUAUUCCUCUUCUGUCCGCUUGUCCUCAUUGCCUUCAAGAAGAAAUAUGUCCGUCAUCCGCCCACAGGUUCGGUGAUAGGCAAGUUCUUUGGCCUCCUUGGGCUAGGUAUGAAAGGUCGUUGGAGUCUAAAUCCUAUUCGACUAUGGAAAAACAUACGAGAACCUGGGUUUUUUGAAAGAGUCAAGCCAAGUAAUAUUCCCGAAUCUGAACGACCGCCAUGGAUGAAUUUCGAUGAUAAUUGGGUUGACGAAGUUCGACGAGGCAUAAAGGCUUGCCAAGUCUUCUUCCUGUUUCCUAUCUAUUGGUUGCCUGCCGCAUACAACCAGCUCAACAGCAACCUUAUUAGUCAAGCUGCAACUAUGGUACUUGGUGGAGUCCCGAACGAUGUAAUCAACAACCUCGACCCUAUUGCAUUGCUCAUCUUUAUUCCAAUCUUCGACAAGCUUUUCUACCCGCUUUUGCGUAGAUUUGGGUACAAUCUCACACCGAUCAGGAAAAUCAGCAUUGGUUUUCUCCUUGGCACGUUAGCUAUGGUCGUUGGUGCUAUCAUUCAACAUGAGAUCUACUGGCAAUCCCCUUGCCGAGAAGUGUCCGGAUAUGGCCACGUUUCAAAUUGUAAAGAAGUUCUUUUCGGUGAAGAGACGAAUGUAAAUGAACGUCUGUAUAAGCCGCCUUUGACAGUGUGGAUCCAGACGCCCGCUUACGUUCUCAUCGCCUUCUCCGAGAUUUUUGCCUCUAUCACAGGUCUCGAAUAUGCUUUCACUAAGGCGCCGAAAAACAUGCGUGGCUUCAUUACCGGAAUUUUUUGGUUUGCUCAGGCAUUCUCGGCAGCUAUUGGCCAGGCCUUUGUCCCGCUCUCCACUGAUCCCGUUCUUGUCUGGCUCUACACCACAGUGGCUAUCAUCGCUGCUCUUGGUGGAUUACUCUUCCAUUUUGUCUUCUUGAAGCUUGAUAAAGAAGAGGAGGCCCUCAACGCACUACCCGAUAGUGUCUUCAAGGGCUCUAAAAAUCAGGAUGAAGAUUUUGCUGCUGUUGAGAAAGCUCAGGCCGAGGCCAAUCGAAUCAGACACGCACAAGGCCUAGAUGAAAAGCUAGGCACCAGCUCCUAAAAUAUAAUUGCGAAGGGGAGUUGUAUGGUUUAACGUUGACCUAUGGUAAUAUUGUGUGAUCAGAAUGACGAGCAGAAUACCCAUGAAGAGGGAAGGUAUCUUUCAAGUUUAACUUAUAAAUACUAUAUACCCAUCCUCAGCAGUUCUGUGGCCCCUAUUGAAAACGAACAAUUACUCAAGUUCCCAUUAUCCACUUGGUGAAGCCUUAUAUCAACAGACAGUGCUUAGUUUUGUAAAGAUAUUUGGUAGUUAUUGUCUUUACUAACUUGUGGCAUGAUCUGGCCCGGCCGAAAUCAAAAGGUUCACUGUUAUAUUUACAUUUAACGGUAACUCAUCCGCCUCCGCCUUUCAUUCCUUCAUUCUCUGCC